CCGUCUUUGUCGCAAGUCGGCGACAGCGCCUCGCAUGGAUUAUUCCGUCGUAUCACCACUCUUACGAUAAUCGAGCGCAAUAAUUCACUGAAUAAUCCCUCAUUAAAAUUAAAAACCCCGCGUCAUUGAAAUAACUAAUAGCAAGUGCCGUGCGCUAAUAAUUUUCUUAAUUCUCAUCUGCGAGGGAGUCGCCGCGAGAUACGUCCUUGAAGAACAAGAAGAAGGAUCUGAAAAAAGGAGAUAAAACCGAGUGGAAGAUCGUGACAGGUAGACGAGUGGUGAAGAGUGUUAAGGGGCCAGCAACAGGGAGUAUUUCGGGAAUAGAUCGUCAAUUUCGGGCUGAUAUUCCCUCGAAAAAAAGGACCCCCAAUUGGAUGAUAUCGAGUGAUACCGUGACCAAGUGGUUCUGUGAUCUCAAACGAUUCUCAUUAGUCCAUAGAAAAGACUGCAAUACAUAACAAUAUGUCGUUGAAGGGUGAUAAAGUGCCGUGCGCUCGUCUCUGCCAUAUCGUAAAAUGGGAGGACUUUGAUGGAUAUGGAUUCAAUCUUCACGCUGAACGGGGAAAGAAUGGACAAUUCAUCGGCAAAGUUGAUGAUGGAUCACCGAGUCAAGCCGCUGGUUUACGACAGGGCGAUCGUAUUAUCGAAGUCAAUGAGAUUAAUAUCGCCAAUGAGACACACAAACAAGUGGUGGAUCGCAUUAAGGCAUUUCCCAGUGAAACAAAGUUAUUGGUUGUUGAUCAGGAGGCGGAUGACUAUUACAAGGCCAAUAGCAUCAUCAUAAGGGGAACAAUGACGGGUAUCAAGGAGAUCAAGACACCUGAGAGAAAUCCCGCGAGCGUUGAGAGCGAGGAAAAAGCGGACGGGAGUAUUAGCUCAAUCGAUGAGAAUAUGCAAAAGUCGAUUGGUUCAAAUGACACCUCCAACAGUGGAAGUACAGUGCCAGCAACCACAGCAUCCAUGAACGAUGAAAACUCCCGACCUCAUGAAAAUACCCAAGAGAAUGGACGCAAAAGUGUAGAUGACAGCGAAGAAGUAGCAACAGUAACCGAACAUAUCGAUGAACAUUCGGGAACGGGUAAUGGUGCUGUACCAGCAACGAAAAAGGGACUGAAUCUUAAAAUGAGUGCCAAGGAAUUGCGUGCUAAGCUGGCUGCACGUAAAAAAUACGAUCCCAAGAAGGAAUCAAUUGGCUUCAAAGAUAAAUUUGAUAUUGUUCAGAAAUUGUAAACGGCACAUUCCACAUUCCUCAACGAAUUUACAAUCCUUAUCACGAUUAUUUCUGUUGAAAUGUUGAUUUUGUCUUAUCACCUCGUCUCCGUCAUUGCGAUUUACAGCUUACAACAGACACAAUAAUUAAUGGGUUUUUUUAUUCUUCAUUUGGUGAAGAAGACAAUGUGGCUGUGUGCGAAAAUCGCCGUCUAUGUUUGAAGAAACCUCGUUCUUAAUUAUCACUUUAUUUCUUCUUUUGUCACUGUGCAAUUGGCUUCCUAUGCAAUUAAAUUUCAUUACUUUUUAUUUUGAUAAUGCAAUUGGUUAAUCACUCGUUGUGAUGCACGUUUCAUCACUAGUUCCUUCUCAUACUCUCAUUCAAACAGAUAAUUGAGUGAUCUUGGGGAGAGAUACUAAUCAUUAAUGUGCAAUUCAAUGGACAAAUGAAUACCCAAUGACUCAACAUUAUGCAAUGAUUCAAUUACUGAGGUUUUCAGUAUUCGACUUGUAACUGAUGAAACUCUUUACAAGAUAUUAUCCUCCCCUAAUGAUUUAUUUCAUCAACUCCUCUUCGAUAACUUGGGAAAAAAAAUUGAUUAUCGUGUUUGGUGAAUCAUGGUAAUUGAAUAAAAUGUCAUCAAGAGUGUCGAGGUCAUUUACAUUGUGUCAAUUUCCCCAUAUACUCAGACCUACAGUCAUCACGAUUAUACAUUUGUCAAUGGAGAAAUCGAUAUGGGGAAAUGUGCCCAAAUUGUUCGGAUAAUUCAACGAUUUCACAGUAUUGUUAUUUGGUUUCUCCUUCAAUCGUGUAAUGUUAGUUCACUCGCAGCGAUAAUGAACUUGGAAAUUUGUGAUUCAUAACUAAUUGAUUGAGAGAUUAUGUUCCACGCAGUCCGCACAGAUAUUUAAUUAUGCAAAGAGUGCAUAAUAUUUUAUACUUGGACUCGUUAAGCUGUAAGCUUUCUCAUGGAUAGAUAUUGGUGCAAUCAUCAGCAGGAUUGAAAGUGUGUAUUCUCACGUAGAAGAAUUGUACAAUUAUGUCUAAGUAAGACCGAUGUAAUCACUGCAGUUCUAGCCAUUGUAAAUAUCAGGGAGGGGGGGAGGGGAGUCGAAAUCCAGAGAGAAUUGAAUCGAUGAAAUUUUUUGGUGGUCACAGCUUGAAAUUAUGGAACUUUUCGCUCCUUCUCUCGACGCAUAAUUGCAAUUGUCAAUCUAAUGGUUCAACCGUUGGUGUGGGGUUUCCACCAAUGACCUAGUAUGUAUAUAGAUGGUUAGUACGUUAUGCAUAAGAAUACCGGAGCCAAUUACACACGUUGUUACAAGCAUCGCACACUUCCAACGUUAUUACAUAAGUUUAGAUGAGUUAAUAUUUGUUUGGCGCAUUCGACUGCGUAUGUAUGAGUAUUGUUUUUCUUGUGUACUUGUAAAUACAUACAAAGUUGAAAAGUUGGAUUAUUA